CCUCCUCUAACACUGCCGACAGAGAGAGAGAGAGAGAAAAGAGGAGAGGAGAGACCGAGAGAGCGAAACCCCAUAAUGCACUGCACGCUGCAGGGUUGAAGUCGUGCAGAUUCAUCAGUUCCUGUUUGAGGGGUUGUGUGCGUGUGCGAGCCUGUGCGCACCCAUAUGGCCGGAGCGAGCGCAGAAGAAAACACACACAGAGAGAGAGAGAGAACGAGAGAGAACCAAGCAGAGAGAAGUGCCUUCAUGUGCUGACCCUCCUGGCUGUCUGGCUCCUCUGAGGCCAUCUGUGCCUACCCAAGUUCGCCGGAUCCGCUGGGGCCACACCAAAAGCACCAGGGCUGCCAUGACUGCCAGCUCCAUCCGCUAAGGCCAUCUCUGUGCAAACGACACCUCCUCCCGCCCCCGGAUCCUGCUCUCUUCACCAUCCAUGCCACUCCAGCCUCCUCUGUGAAGGCCCAACUCCCUCUCCCCCACACCUUCUCAGCAGACAAAUAUUGAAGGCAAACAGCUUUUAUCGGCUCCUGUUAGCUGAAGAAAAUUGUUUCACUGCUGUUGUCUCCGCUGGCUCUCCUCUCCUCCAGCUGCUUUCCCCCAUCGUCUGCUGGCCCCUGCGUUCUGUCAUCAUGGGCCAAGCCUGAUCGAUACCGCGUUGUGCCGUUCAUCUCGUCUGACGGUUCAACUGACAAGUGAGCAAAUUGAGAGAACCGGGGUUGUGUGUGCAUGCGUGUGCGUUAAGAGAGAGGUUACAAGACAAAGCUGUAUGGUCAUCGGCGACACAAGCCCCGGUUGACAGGCUCUGAAGGACUCCUGUUUAAACCACAAACAGACUCCUGGGAUGGACCCCAAAUGUUAGGAGAGUCCCCAACAGGCUUCUUUCAGAUCACAACCUUGGAGCACAACCUCUGAAGCUGUGUUUUUUUUUUUUUUUUUUUGUGUUUUGUUUUGGGGUUUUUUGUUUUCUGAUGUUCUCAACCUAUCCCUUCUCAACAUUUGCCCCGGUUUUACCAGAGAACAGCAAGCUUGCUGGACGGCUAGCUUCCCCCGAUCGACCCCUUCCUGUUUCAGUUUGAAAUGGCGGUGAAUGUGACACCGAUGCGGGACACCAAGUGGCUGACGCUGGAGGUGUGUCGGGAAUUUCAGAGAGGAACGUGUUCGCGGCCGGACAACGAAUGCAAGUUCGCCCACCCUGCCAAGAGCUGUCAAGUGGAAAACGGCAGAGUCAUUGCCUGUUUUGACUCACUCAAGGGACGCUGUUCCAGGGAGAACUGCAAGUACCUGCACCCUCCUCCCCACCUAAAGACACAGCUGGAGAUCAACGGAAGGAACAACCUAAUUCAGCAGAAAAACAUGGCCAUGUUGGCCCAACAGAUGCAGCUCGCCAACGCCAUGAUCCCCGGAGCACAGCUACAACCAGUGCCCAUGUUUUCAGUCACGCCCAGUCUUGCAGCGAACGCCAAUGCCGCAGCAGCAGCAGCCGCUGCAUUUAACCCCUACCUUGGCCCCGUGUCACCCGGCUUGAUGCCCGCUGACAUCUUGCCAAGCGCGCCCGUACUGGUCACCAGCAGCCCCAGCGUUCCAGUACCUGCUGCCGCCGCCGCCGCUGCACAGAAGCUCAUGAGGACAGACAGACUGGAGGUUUGCCGGGAAUACCAGCGAGGUAACUGCAGUCGAGGGGAGAACGACUGCCGCUUUGCCCAUCCGUCAGACAGCACUAUGAUUGACACAAAUGACAACACAGUCACUGUGUGCAUGGACUACAUAAAGGGCCGCUGCUCGAGGGAGAAGUGCAAGUACUUUCACCCCCCGGCUCACCUGCAGGCCAAAAUCAAAGCCGCCCAGCACCAAGUCAACCAGGCUGCGGCCGCCGCAGCCUUGGGGCUCCCUCCUGUCUUGCCUCCUUUGCCAAAGAGACCUGCACUUGAAAAAGCCAACGGUGCCAACACUAUGUUCAAUGCUGGCGUUUUCCAGUACCAACAGGCCCUGGCCAACAUGCAGUUUCAGCAGCAGGCUGCCUUCAUACCAUCAGGCUCGAUUUUGUGCAUGACACCUGCAACAAGUGUUGUACCCAUGAUGCACGGUGCUUCUCCAGCCACUGUGUCUGCAGCCACCACACCUGCCACAAGUGUUCCCUUUGCAACAGCCAACCAGAUUCCAAUAAUAUCUGCGGACCAUCUGACUAGUCACAAGUAUGUGACCCAGAUGUAGGAGUCUCUGUCAGAACAAUGGAACUGGAGAUGGAGCGUGCUGGUGUCAAAUCCAAGAUUAACGGUCAACCUUCAUACAAGUAACAGCGAGAGCCGAGGUUCCGGUUCGGAACACAACCUGCAUGUUAGCGUAGAAGGAACAACUUGCUAGAGAGGUUCUCAUGUGACGUUCAUGCACAGUUUCACACGACGACAGACAAAAACAAAAGAGCGAAGAAGAAGAAUUAGAAGAGCGUCAUUUGUAUUUCAAGACUUGCCUCUCGUUUUGCAGAGGCGACUAACCUUUAUUCACCAGACACAUUUUGAAUGUCAACACAAGGUUCAUGUGGGGGGAGCAGUCAUCGGGACUGAAUCGGUACGUCCGCUGACCAAGAAUCACGUCUUGCGUUGUCUUGUUUGUUUAUUGGGUUUUCGAAUGUCAAUAUGUUCACUUGUUUACACCGAGAUGUACCUUGUAUCUCAGUUAAGGUAAAGGAACAGAUAAUCUGACUGAACCACAUAUGCAUGCACAAUAAUUUUUUUUCUUUUGUUUUUUUUUUGUUGUUGUUGUUGUUGUUCUUACCUGGUUCUGUUCUUCUAACAGUGAUGAGGGAAUUUGCCCGAGCAAGGAAGCAACUGAAUGUCUGUGAUGUGUCUUUCAAACCUUUGUAGCCUACCUUUUUAUCUCUUAAGCACACGUCUUUAACCUUACAGGAAUCCCUGUAAAGUGCCAUGCAUCUCAAAAUAUACAGGAAUUGUAUUCAAGCAGUGUUACAACGUUUUAAACUCAACAAUUCCCUUUAAUUCAUAUGUGUCUGAUUUAGAGUUUUGCUUUUUUUCAGGACACCAUGUUGUGUCCAACCACAUGACCUGUCAUUACCUGUAAUUCCCGUUAAGCACCGCUGAUUAUUGCACCCCGGAUAUUCUACUGAUUGAAACCUUUUUACUUUUUUUUUUACUAUAUUCUUUCAUAUCUGUCAGCUGUUUAGAAAUGCGAUGGUUGAACCUGCAACCACAACGAUCUGUCUUUCUGCGCCAGCAUGUGCUUUGCAAAAGUAUUCAUACCACCUUUUUCACAUUUUUUCACUCCGCAACUACAAACUUAAAUGUAUCGCUUGUUCAUCUUGUGUGACAGACCAACACAAAGUAGCGCAUAAUUUCUUUUUUCACUAAUGAUUUGUGGCACCACUUUUUGCUGCGAGGAGAGCUGCAGUUGUUUUGUUGCACAUCUAAAGACUGAAACCUUUUGCCAAUUCUUAGCUAUAAAAUGGCACAGCUGUGAAAUAACCUCAUGUUCUCAGUUAGAUUUAGAUGUAAGGCGUUGCAACGCACGAAUUGAGUCGCUCUCCUGGUUUUCUGUGUUUACUUUCAUCCAUUUUCUCAUGACCUCCGAUCAGCCUUCCUGUUCCGCUAGCGAAACCCCCGCGCCCCAAGUGCCGCCUGCAUCACGUCUCAUCGUCAGGACGGUGUGUUCAGGGUUGUAUGAAGUGUCGGUGUUCUGCCACCGACACUUCAUACAACAUUUUGCAUGCAGGUGACUUUCUGAAAGCCACUGGAAAAUCUUGAGGUCAUCAAAGUUUGGACUUCACACACACACACACACACAAUUUUUCUGCGCUACUUUGUGUUGGUCCAUGACAGAACAAAUUUCAUUUAAGCACUCUGAAGUCUUGUGGUUGUCGUGUAGCAACAUGUGAAAAAGUUCAGUUAAAUAGUAAUAGUAAUAAUACUUUUUCAAGGUAGCGCAAGUUGCAUUUAGGCCUGUAGAAUCUCUCUCUGGGAUAAAGACGAAAACAAUGGAAUAACUGCUGUGAGGCCAAACAGAAAUCUGUAAAGGAGAGUCUGCUGGUGUGAUGAUGUUUGUUUUCUUUAAAAAGAAAAAAAACAUAAUUUGUUUUUCUUAUACAUGGUUAUGCGUAUUCCAAGACAGGUCGUCGAAGAAAAGUCGGUGUAGUAAGUGCGUGUAUAUAUAUAUGGUCCGACAUAUUUAAGAGCAUUUGUUUGAUACCUGGGAACUGUCUUUCAGAUAGUCAGCCAAAGUCUUUUUGUGUCACUGUUGUAAUGAGUAGACUAGAGGGGCUGACUUCAUAAGGACCCCCAGCCCAAAGAAGGUUCGGGUGUUUAGAGUAGAUCUCUGGAACGGCUUUUUGUUUGUUUUGUUUUUCUCGUGGUUUGGGUGUUCUUCAGGCAUAGUUAAUUGACGGACAAGGACAGCUUAAAGGCGGCAAGAAAAUGGAACCUGAUUGUAUUACUCAUCCAAAGCCUUAGAAUGUACCAACGGGUCAGCACAAUGCAACACGCCAUUUUGAACCAUGCAGCUGCCUAAUCCAUGCCAUAAUGCAACACACACAGAACACUACGUGGCUGUCAUGUUCGUGUUUUCCCAACCCCCUCCUUCCUUCUUAGACAAGGAGUGUUCAUUUUCUUUGGAAAGUACUUUGAUAUUAGUUGUUAUUUUUUAGUUUUGCGGAUGAUAUUUAUCUUUAUAAUAAUGAGUAUAUUAGGCGGGGUGUGUGUGUGCGUGUGUGGGGGCGUUUCUGCGUGUGUCCUCCCAUCCAGAGUUUUCCCGAAAAUUCCACGUAAUGUCUUUUUUUUUUGUUUUUUUUUUUGGUACAGUUGCGAUUGUAAGCUCAAUAUUUUCUACGUUAUGUAUAUUGUUGAAGCGUAUGCAUUUGUUUGUUCAUUUCUCUAGUCUCUUUUUGUGUUUGUUCUUUGAACAAAGAUGUUUUAUAUGAGUAUCUAACAGUGUUGACACAACAGAAACAAGAGGCUGAGUUGUCGCUGUGGCAACGUUCGUCAAUAACUGACUAAUAUUUUAACAAUUGUAAGGUUUGUACCUAGUCCUAUAAGCGUAAAAAACAAAAAAGAAGAAGAAAAAAAAAGAUGUUAUCGAAAAGUCUAGUUCAUAGAUGUUAAGAGUAAAGAUGUUAUUUUCUAUCCAUUUCAAAUAUUAACUGUUUAAAUAUUUCUACUCUCCCUGGAAAUUGGGCCAUGUUGGAAAACAAGCUGCAUAUUUAAUCACUUUUACAGGCGUUGCCGGCGGGGUGAAGGUGAAGUUGGCGAGCGGCGGUCCGACGCGCUCGUCUCCAGUUUCGCCAACCGCAAACAACGGGGGGGUGGGGAGGCAAGGAGGACAAGGUGAGGGGAAUAAAGAGGUAAUAAAGGUCGACUUUUUUGCACUUCUGUACAUAGUAAAAAAACAAAUGAAAAUAGAGAGUAUCGUGUAUAUUGAGAUCUUAUUUUGAAUAAAAAAGAAAAACGAUGACAGGGAAUUUUGCUAGGACAACAAAAAAAACAAAAACAACAAAAGAAAAAAAUAAUUCUUUUUGAAAGGCUGAACAAAAAUUGCUUGCAUUUAGAGGGCCCUGAGUUCUCACUCUCCUGCCUCUUUUCGGAAUGAUAAUAAUCAGGGUUUCCCCCAGUGUAUUAAAAGCCUGGCGGGCCACCGGGCUUUACUUGUGCCCCCACCAGGCUUA